AAUUAAGCGGGCGCGCUGCGACAGCCUUGGCGGAAAACCAAAGUUGAUCUGAUCCAGCAGCGGCGCCGCACGGGCCCCGUGUGAUCUGGCGCGCGCCCUCGCCUCAUCUAAAUACACAGCGCGCCCGCCACCUCCAACACCAUCAUCUCACAGCAAGCAUCUCUCUCAGCGACUCUUCACAUACACUCUCUCCCACUUCCCACAAACCCCCCAACACUCCAUCACAAUGACUGGUCGCGGCAAAGGUGGCAAGGGUCUCGGAAAGGGCGGAGCCAAGCGCCACAGGAAGAUUCUUCGCGACAACAUCCAGGGUAUCACCAAGCCUGCUAUCCGCCGUCUUGCUCGCCGUGGUGGUGUCAAGCGUAUCUCCGCCAUGAUCUACGAGGAGACCCGUGGUGUCCUCAAGACCUUCCUCGAGUCGGUCAUCCGUGACGCUGUCACCUACACUGAGCACGCCAAGCGAAAGACUGUCACCUCUCUCGAUGUUGUCUACGCGCUCAAGCGACAAGGCCGUACCCUCUACGGUUUCGGUGGUUAAGCGCUUUCUUUCCUGCAUUUUCUUGUCACGACUUUGGCACGCGCCUGAUACGGCACUGGUGCUUCGUGGGAUGGGCUGGGGUUCAUGGUCUGCCUGUAACAUAGGCUUCGGAGUUCAACGGUUGAUCGGCUUAUCACUUGAGUUCGAUAUGGAAUGAUACCAUAAUUCUUCACAAAGCCUUCUGUUGCGUGCGUUUCACUGUGAUCCUUGAUGUAACGCCUUGCGCUUCGCGUACAUGUUGUCGAGCGCGCUGG